AUGGGCGACAUUGGCGAAGGAAGCGCCUCGCCACGAGGCUUCACCCCACGGGUCCGGUCACUGCAGCUUCCAGGACCAUCUCCACUCGAUUCGCCGGAAAGCGCCUCGCACCCCGUGGCAGUUCGUGGACGACGUGCUUCUUCAGAGCUCGUGCGCGCUUCCACGGUAAAAAGACGUUACCUGGUGUCGGACCCUCGAGAGGUCACCGACAGAACGUCUACUCCGGCUCCGUUGCUCGAGGAGAACCGGAGGCUGGACAGCCCUUCCGUUACGUCACCAUCUGCGAAGUCACCAAUACAGUUCGAGCUAUCGAAACAAUGGGUGCCGCCGCUUCCUUUGAAGAUGCAGUCACUUCCCGUGACGGGAAAAACAGUCCCGCUGGGGGCAUCGACAACGGUGCCAGGUCACCAUCGCGGUAAGGCAACCUCCAUUCAACCAGUGGGCGACAGUCUUCCGAGAAAGGGCGCCGGUGAAAGAGCAGGCAACACAUUUUCUCCAUCGAAUACGACGCGUCAAUCGAAGCAGUCGCAGUCACUACACCCGAAGACGUUCCCUUCUCCCCUACUAACAAACGAGGGCGUCGUUCGCGCGCACUACGAAGGUCAUCGGGGGCAUUUUGGAAUGGCCGGUCAGCCGUACGACGACAGCCGCCGUAGCGCAUUGCACCCCGAGACCCGCAGCAGACAAGGAACGAUGCCGCAGCUUGGUCGGCGACUGUCUGAAAUCGAGUCCAUCUGGCGAUCGAGAGCGUACCGCUUGAACAUGGCCGCAGCUGUCGUGGUAUACUGCGCGUUAAUCUUCGCCAUCGGUGUCAUCGCCGACAGGGGUUUCCCGUACUGCGAACACCCGACCAAGUGCUUCGACCUUGCGCGCGAGCUAGAGGCCAGCAUGGACACCAGCGUGGACCCGUGUUCGGAUAUGUACGGUCACGUAUGCGGCCGCUGGUCCGACCAGUAUCCUGGCAAGCGACAUCAGUUCGCGCUCCUCAACGAAAGACUUCGCUUCGUUCUCCUCCGGGCGGCCGAACGGUCUCGCGACCCCACGAACGCAGCGGAUAAGGCAGGUCUAGCCCUGUCGUCUUGCAUGCGAGUCUGGAGCAGCGGAGACGUCGACAAAGCCGUCUACAUCGGCGACGUCCUCAAGAGGCGCGGUCUCACCUGGCCUGCAACUACGAACGUGGAAGUGCGAGACGUGUUUCGCCAGCUGGUCGCCUUCACCCUCAAGGACGCCCUCAGCGUCUUCUUCGCCCUCAAGGUGAUGACCUAUCUCAAGGCCGAAGACAGAUACACGUUCGAAUUAAGGUAUCCGCAGCUAAUGAUGGAACCCAUUCUGGACCCGGAUGAGCUGCAGACGUGCAUCAAGACGUACAAUCGCAGCGUCGACGUCGCGGGAAUCACGAUGCAGAUCAUCAACUUGGAGCUAGACUUCGCUGCCAGCAUGGCCGUCAACUCGGCCUACGACUACUCGCCCAAGUACCACAAGUUCGCCGACAUCGAUGCCAUGUACAACUCGUCGUUUGUCACUUCCGCGCGUUGGGUGGACGCCAUCAACGAACACCUGCCCAACGACGCCGCCAUCGAUUCAGACAAGCUGUUUCUGCUGUACGACAAGUUCGCCCUGUCUGCUGUCGUCGACAUCCUGUCUGCUUAUUCCGACAGGACAAUGAACUUGCAGAAUUUCAUUGGCUGGAAAAUAAUCAGGUACCUUUCUUAUGGGGCUUCCAGUAAACUGUCGACGUGUGACAAGCACGGCGAGUACCGCUCCUGGAGCUUCACGUUUCCAGUGGCUCUGAAGCGUUGCAUUACUUACGUGAGUGAGGUCGUCCCUUACGGCCUCCUGCAGCUACAACUGAUGGGCGUCUUGGAAGGCAGUGCGAUUACUUACGCGCGAAACAUGACGGAUGAUGUGCGGCGCGCGAUCGAGGUCUCCUACAAUUUCUCCUGGUUGGACGAGCAGUCGGCGGCGGGAGCGGUUCGACGUCUUCGUAGUAUCCGCGCCGUCGUCGGAGGACCAAGUGGUCUUCUUUCUCCGGCAGCGAUAGAUGUUCAUUACACGCACGUUCCCGGCAUCUACGGCGGCAAUUUCGUAAACUGGCUCGUUGACUCCUACCGGGCCGUCGCGGAGCGCAAGGUGAGGCUAGUCUACCCACCCGACAAUCCCGAGCAUCGCUCGCCCAGCCGUGAAGAUUGGGAUCUGAAAGAAAUAACCACGAGCGCCUUCUACCUGCCAACCUACCACCUUAUCUACGUGCCGGGGGCACUUCUGAUGCCACCGUUCUUGAGCGCUUCGGCGCCGGACUCCUUUAACUACGGCGCGCUCGGCAAGGUCGUCGGUCACGAGCUCACCCACGCGUUCGACCCCAAGUACAUCGACGUCAACUACGCCCGCGAACCCGACGUCUUCUACACGCCUCAGUUCAAGGAGAAGUUUACCGAAAAGAUCGACUGCCUGAUUCUCCAGACGAACGCGAUGUUGCAGGACUCGUCCGUCGGCGAGCGAACUAUCACCGAGUCCUUUGCCGACAACUCGGGCACAGAACUUGCCUACCUGACCUACUGGGCGCUAGCGGAGACGAGGCGCAAGCAAGGCGUGGCCGGGCUUACGGCGGACCAGAGCUUCUUCGCUGCGACGUGUUUCUUUCUUUGUGGCGCAGAAGGCGAGAAGCAGCUCGAGAAUUCGGUGUACCUGUCUCUCAAAGUUCGCUGCAAUCAGCCCUUGAUCAACACGGAACAGUUCGCGGAGGCCUUUUCGUGCGCGCUGGGGACACCGAUGCGCCCGCAGAAACGAUGUGACAUUCACACGCCCACAAUGGCGCUGCAAAAACGUUGA